UCCACUUAUCAGUAUUUCUUCAAUAAUGUCAUUUUCAUUACAACUCUCAUUGCACAUCAUUGUAAUGUGACACUAUCACCAGAAGGUGUUGGAAAUACACCAACAAUGUGUUUGUUGUCACAUUAAAUUCCACCAAUGGAGGGAGUUACAGUUUGUUCCACGACUGCAUUUCACUCACUGCCUCUGUUUGUAUCUCUGUCACUGCAGGACCAACGUGAGGCGGAAAAACAGUGCUCUCAGGAGGCCGACAAACCUCACAGAAGAAAGGGAGAGAAAACAUACAGCUGUGAUGAGUGUGGGAAGGAUUUUACUCGGAAUGACAGCCUAAAAAUACACCAACUCAUCCACAGUGGAGUUAAACCUUACAGCUGUGGUGAGUGUGGAAAAUCUUUUACUCAGGCUGGAAGCUUAAAAAAACACCAACUCAUCCACAGUGGACUUAAACCUUACAGUUGUGACUUGUGUGGAAAGUCUUUUAACCGGGCUGGAAGCUUAAAAUUACACCAACUCAUCCACAGUGGAGUUAAACCUUACAGCUGUGAUGAGUGUGGGAAGGAUUUUACCUGGUCUGAAAGCCUAAAAAGACACCAACUCAUCCACCGUGGAGUUAAAGCGUACAGCUGUGACUUGUGUGGAAAGUCUUUCACCGAGGCUGGAGGCUUAAAAAAACACCAACUCAUCCACAGUGGAGUUAAAGCGUACAGCUGUUACUUGUGUGGAAAGUCUUUUUCACGGGCUGGAGGCUUGAAGACGCACCAACUCAUCCACAGUGGAGUUAAACCUUACAGCUGUGACUUGUGUGGAAAGUCUUUUACCCAGGCUGGAGGCUUACAAAGACACCGACUCAUCCACAGUGGCGUUAAAGCAUACAGCUGCGACUUGUGUGGAAAGACUUUUACCCAAGCUAAAGACUUAAAAUCACAUCAUAUCAUCCACAGUGGAGUAAAACCGUACAGCUGUAACUUGUGUGGAAAUUCUUUUAGACGGGCUGGAGGCUUAAAAAAACACCAACUCAUUCACAGUGGAGUUAAAGAGUACAUCUGUGGCUUGUGUGGUAAAGCUUUUGCUCAAAAUGGCCACUUGCAGAAGCAUCUAGUUACCCACUCUGGAAUUAAGGCGUACAGCUGCGACUUUUGUGGAAAAACUUUCAACGACAAACACAACCGAAAUAGUCACCUACGGAUUCACACUGGAAAUGAUGUUUACUGCUGUGAUCAGUGUGGGAAACUGUUUGCAACAGACGCACAGUUAAAACAACACAUGUUUAUCCACACUGAGGAGAGACCUUAUAAAUGUGACCUGUGUGAGAAGACUUUUAAAUCUCCACAUCACCUGAGCCUACACCAACAGAGCCACACCAGAAAGUAACUCUACAAGUGCAGUUACUGUGAGGAUGUAUUUAUGUUUUAUCUUGUAAUUGUAACCUGACAGGAUAUUUCUACUCUUAAUAAUAUUGCAGAAAUGGAACAAAGUAAAGAUUCAUCGAUUUGCUUCUGCUUAUCCUUUUUGGGAUCGUGAGGGCACUGGAGCCAAUCCCAGCAGUCAUAGACAGAGAGACAAGAGUCUUAAAUACUUGCUUAAUAUUUCCAUUGAUGAAUGAAUCUUGAUUAAAGAUUCCUUAUAGUGUUAAUGGAGGCCAAGGUACUGCAUCCAGAAGAUGAUAAAAUCCUUAUUUUGUUGAUAAAAUUGGCACAGAGCUUCUGCCAUGCAUUACCAAAGAUUCACAUCAAACUUAUCCCAUUCUUGGUUGCUUUAAUGAAGAUUUUUUUAUUGUCACAGUUUGAUACUGAUGAUUAGGGAUGGGCAUUAAUACGAUUUUCACUAUUCCGAUUCCAUUUUCGAUUCUGUUUAACGAUUCGAUUCUUUAUCGAUUCUUUUUAAAAAAGGAGAACACGA